AUGCUAGCUUUUCGACUUGUUCUAGCUUCUGUCUUUCUUGCUUGUUGCCUUUCGAGUUCUGUAUUUGGAGCAAAACUUCCGGACAACGAAGUGCAACAUUUGAAGGACAUUGGGAAGACACUGGGGAAGAAAGACUGGAACUUCAGCGUAGAUCCAUGCAGUGGAGAAGAAGGGUGGGCUACGCCCAAUGCGUUGAAGGGAUUUGAAAAUGCAGUCACAUGUAAUUGCUCCUUCCCAAAUGGCAAUGAUACAGUCUGCCAUGUCGUUAGCAUAAUGCUUAAGGCACAGAAUCUCCAGGGCAGUCUCCCAAAAGAUUUGGCCAAGUUCCCUUUCCUACAAGAAAUUGACCUCAGCCGCAACUUCCUUAAUGGCUCAAUACCCCCAGAAUGGGGAUCCAUGCAACUUGUCAACAUUUCUCUUCUUGGAAAUCGCUUAACUGGUUCGAUCCCAAAAGAGCUGGGAAAUAUAAGUACUCUUAGCAGCUUAACAACCGAGUUCAAUCAGCUUUCAAGACCAUUGCCUCUAGAGCUCGGGAAUCUACCGGCCAUCAAAAGAUUGCUUCUUAGCUCUAACAAUUUUACUGGAAAAGUACCUGAAACGUUUGCCAAGCUGACCACAUUGAGAGACUUUCGGAUUAGCGAUAACCACUUCACCGGAAAGAUUCCUAGCUUCAUCCAUAAUUGGACAGAACUUGAAAAAUUAGUGAUACAGGGAAGUGGUCUGAUGGGACCAAUUCCAUCAGGCCUUGGUGGUCUGGCAAAAUUAACUGACCUGAGAAUCAGUGACUUGAAUGGAGCUGAUGCAACUUUUCCACCACUUAGUAGCAUGAAGAAAAUGAAGAUACUGAUAUUGAGGAGUUGCAAUCUCAUCGGAAAGCUACCUUAUUAUCUUGGGGAUAUGACGAAGUUGAAGACCUUAGAUCUAAGUUUUAACAAACUCAGCGGAGAAAUUCCAAGCAGUUUUUCGGGCCUUAUGGACGUGGAUUACCUGUAUUUAACAAGAAACUUGCUUACUGGUUCAGUACCUAGUUGGAUACUGGAAAAAGGAGACAAUGUUGAUCUUUCAUAUAACAACUUUGCUGUGAGCCAAGGGACAUCUUGUCAACAGCGGAGCGUGAAUUUGUUUGCAAGCACUUCACCUAACGGUACCUCGGGAACUGUUUCUUGCAUGAGAAGCUUUGUUUGCUCAAAAUCCUGGUACUCUCUCCAUAUAAAUUGUGGAGGGAGAGAAGUAGCUAUUGGAGGAAAUGUCACAUAUGAAGAUGAUGCAGAUGGAGCCGGUCCUUCAAGAUUUUACGAAAGCAGAAGUAAUUGGGCGUUCAGCAGCACCGGUCACUUCUUGGAUGAUGACCGUCCCUCGGACACUUAUAUUUGGACUAACUCGUCGAGACUCUCCAUGAAUGAUCCCAGACUAUACAUGAACACACGCCUUUCUCCUCUUUCUUUGACUUACUAUGGAUUUUGUAUGGGCAACGGGAACUACACAGUCAACCUCCAUUUUGCAGAGAUAAUGUUCACUAAUGACAAUACAUAUAGCAGCUUAGGAAGUCGCUUAUUUGACAUAUAUAUUCAGGGCAAGCUAGUGCAGAAAGAUUUUAACAUUGAGGACGAAGCCGGUGGAAUUGGCAAGGCAGUCAUAAAAGAAUUUCCUGCGUCGGUGACUAACAGUACCUUGGAGAUUGACCUUCAUUGGUCUGGAAAAGGGACUACUGGUAUUCCUGUUAGAGGAGUUUAUGGUCCUCUUAUAUCAGCUAUAUCCGUAAAUCCCGAUUUUAUACCUCCAGCAGAACAUACGGGCAGUAGCGGUGGUAUAUCGGUCGGUUCAGUGGUCGGAAUUAUAGCUGGAUCUGUGUUUGUCAUCUUUCUAAUUGGGGUAUUACUUUGGUGGAAAGGUUGUUUCAGACAAAAAAGCCAAUUGGAAAAAGACUUACAAGGUCUACAAUUGCAGACUGGUUCAUUUAGCUUGAGGCAAAUCAAAUCUGCCACAAAUAACUUUGAUGUUGCUAAUAAAAUUGGAGAAGGAGGCUUUGGUCCUGUUUACAAGGGUAUUCUGUCAGAUGGCACAGUCAUAGCUGUCAAGCAGCUAUCUGCUAAAUCGAAGCAAGGAAAUCGAGAAUUCGUCAAUGAAAUCGGAAUGAUUUCUGCUCUGCAACACCCUCAUUUGGUGAAGCUAUUUGGCUGCUGUAUUGAAGGAAAUCAACUGUUACUGAUCUAUGAGUAUAUGGAAAACAACAGCCUUGCUCGUGCAUUGUUUGGUCCACAAGAAUGCCAACUGAAACUAGACUGGCCAACGAGACGAAAAAUCUGCAUCGGAAUAGCUAGAGGUUUGGCAUAUCUCCAUGAAGAAUCAAGGCUGAAGAUUGUGCAUAGAGACAUCAAGGCUACAAAUGUGCUGCUUGACAAGAAUUUGAACCCUAAAAUAUCGGACUUUGGAUUAGCCAAGCUUGAUGAAGAGGAUAACACACACAUCAGCACCCGAGUCGCAGGAACUUAUGGUUAUAUGGCUCCUGAAUAUGCGAUGCGCGGUUAUUUAACCGACAAAGCCGAUGUUUAUAGUUUCGGGAUAGUGAUACUGGAAAUUGUCAGCGGAAAGAGCAACACGAGUUAUCGUCCGAAGGAAGAACCUUUGUAUCUUCUUGAUUGGGUUCAUGUUUUGAAGGAGGAAGGGAACUUAUUGGACUUGGUUGAUCCAAGAAUUGGAUCUAAUUACAAAAAGGAGGAAGUAAUGACAAUGAUCAAUGUUGCUCUUCUAUGCACCGAUGCUAACGCGGCGGGCCGGCCUGCAAUGUCCUCUGUAGUCAGCAUGCUUGAAGGCAAGGCUUCGGUCGAGGAAUUCGAGACGGAUUCGAGCCGUCUGGUGGACAAAUCGAACUCGAAGGCGAUGAUGAAGAAGCUUUACCAGCAGCUUGAAGAAAACAGUGCCCCUGAAAGUCAGGCACACAGCUUGUCAACAGUUGGGCCAUGGACUUCUUCUUCUUCAUCAGCUGCUGAUCUUUAUCCCAUCACUGUAACUUCUGAGUAUUGGCACAACAGAGACCCAGCAAAUUAACU